AUUUUGAUCAGGAUGUGUCGAACUAUAACGCUGUCACGUGACCGCUAUACAUAGUUGUGCGGCAGACAUGGCGGACAAAGAGGAGGCUGAGAAGACCAUCGCCGAAGACUUGGUUGUCACCAAGUAUAAAAUGAGCGGCGAGAUCGUAAACCGAGUCUUGAAACAGGUCUUAGAGAAAUGCAUUGUUGGUGCUUCUGUGAGAGAGAUUUGUGAGUAUGGUGAUAAGCUGUUGACAGAGGAAACGAGCAAGGUCUUCAAAAAAGAGAAGGAGCUGAAAAAAGGUAUCGCCUUUCCAACCUGCAUAUCUGUAAACAACUGCAUCUGCCAUUUCUCACCUAUUGCCAGUGAACCUGAUCUCAUUCUCAAGGAUGACGAUAUGGUAAAAGUAGAUCUCGGAGCUCAUGUAGAUGGCUUUAUCGCAGUAGUGGCACACACUGUUGUGAUUGGCUCCAGUCCAGAGAAAAAGGUAACAGGAAGGAAAGCCGAUGUCGUACUAGCAGCUCAUUAUGCUUCUCAAGCUGCGUUAAGGCUUCUCAAGCCAGGCACAGAGACUUACACGAUAACAAGUACUGUGGCGGAGAUCUGUGAUGCCUACAAGUGCAAACCAAUGGAGGGAAUGUUAAGUCAUCAGCUGAAACAGUUCAAGAUCGAUGGUGAGAAGACCAUUAUUCAGAAUCCCAAUGACGCGCAGAAAAAGGAGCAUGAAAAGUACACCCUUGAAACUCAUGAGGUUUACGCGAUGGACGUGCUAGUGAGCACAGGCGAAGGUGUCGGACGGGAACAGAACACUCGGGUUACCAUAUACAAGAAAACAGAGGAGACAUAUCAGCUGAAGUUAAAAGCAUCUCGUAUGUUCUACUCAGAAGUGUCUCACAAACAUGGUCUGAUGCCAUUCAAUCUACGAUCAUUCGAAGAUGAGAAAAAGGCCAAGAUGGCGAUUGUCGAAUGCGUCAGUCAUAGGCUGAUCGAGCCAUUCCAGGUACUCUACGAAAAGCCGAACGAGUAUGCUGCACAAUUCAAAUUUACGGUCUUACUGAUGCCGAAUGGACCACAUAAAAUCACAGGUAUUCCCUUCGAUCUGGACGUUUUCCAGUCGGAAUGCGUCGUGGAGGAUCCCAAACUUAAGUCUCUGUUGAACUCUUCGGCAAACCCAAAAUCUGCAAAGAAGAAGAAAAAGAAGGCAGAGAAGGCAGUGGGCGACGUAGCGCUCGAGGUUGAUGCUAAGGCCUAACAUCAUCAUUCUAUCACAUCCAUGACUUAUUGACAUCGUGCACUUUCCCUCCUCUUUUAACCGAAACCACAUAAGAGUAACACAGGAUGCUUUCAAAGAAUGAGGCAAGCAGGGAAGUUACCUUUAGUAUUGCGGCAAUCGUAUUUUGUUUGAUACAUUCGUGACUUUGCCAUUCCCAUAGUGAGAACAACAAAUUCUCCAAAUAGUCCAAUAUCAUCUGCACUUGCAUUUGCGAAAGUAUCAAGCUUUACUCUUACGUACAGAUUCAAUCUCACCAUCGUGCUCUCACCCAUUAUACAACCUUGUUCAUCACACUCUUCUGUUUUUAUAACUCAAAGUAUCUUUUUAGCGAAUCAUAGUUUCUUUAAGACACACUGAACGUUGGAUUGGUCAAUUCAAUUUUGAUAAUCGAAUUCGUUUACCGUUUCGGUAUGUGAAUUUUCAAUUAAACAGUUAAGCAAAUGUCUCUUCCUUUUGGAUGUUUAGAAAAUUUCUUUCCUUUUUACUACAUUUUCUUUCAUAAACACCCCUUUCUCGAUAAGCACGUUAAACGCUUUUAUUUGACCUAUGAGAAACCAUGUAACCUUUCAGAAUUUGAAAAGCCCUGUACUUUUGUGUGCGAAUAGAACUUUGGUUUUUCUUAGCUGUUAACAGGCUUAAUUGUUACGUACUGUAUUUGCUACUGGAGGGUUCGAAUGUGUCGGAUCGCCUUCUCAUUUUUUAUUCGUAUUGCCCCUCUGGUUACUGCGUGUAACUGCGCGAUGCUAUAUCCAUCCUUCGUUUAGCUGUGAAAAAGAAAGAACUAUGCCAUGAACAUAACAUAACAUUACACUAUAAAACAUUGUAAAAUUAAGACACGAGUGUUGACGCUGGGACUCUGCAUAAAAAUGAAUAACAAUGACCUCGGAGUAUUUCGUUGAAAGAUUCCCCAACCGAAGGA